AUGAUGGCUGCCAGCUAUCUUCUGACUGAAGAGCAGCUUUUGUGCUGCAUCUGUCUGGACGUGUUCAGGGAUCCCGUCACACUCCCAUGUGGACACAACUUCUGCAAAGACUGCAUCACGGAACAUUUGAAUUUUAAUUCCCAGCGCAAGUGUCCCAUGUGCAAAGAGCACGUGGAUAGGAAAUAUAAGCUUGGUGUGAAUACUUUCAUAUCUGAGAUGGCUGUUCAGUUUAGAAAAACUGUUGGAAAGAAAGCCGAUGAUAGCUCGGAGCAACACGAUGCCACAACAAAAAAAGUUUCUUAUGAUGAUCCUCCUGCACCUAAACGGACAUCCCUGAAGUCCUGCCUGUUCAUAACUCUUAGCUUAACCUUUCUUACACUCUUCUUUGUAGCUAAUCUACAUUUUCAUCAAACAGUGUCCAUCUUAAAAACUCACCAGUUGUUUAAUUCUGUGGAGAAGGAAGAAGACAGGAUGUGUGCUGAGCAUGACAAACCUUUGGAGUUCUAUUGCAAGAAUGAACAAAUGAUCAUAUGUCAGUCAUGUGUGGACACAGAUCACAGAUUUCACCAGGUAGUUCCCCUGAAAGAAGAAUAUGAAGCAAAAAAAACACAACUUGGGAUAACAGAGGCUAAAAUUCUGCACAUGAUCCAAGAGAGACAAAGAAAAGUCCAGGAGCUCAAACAAUCUUUCAAGCUCAGCACAGAAGCUGCAGACAGAGAGACAGCAAAUGGUGUUCGGGUCUUCUCGGCUCUGAUUAAGUCUCUGGAAAGAGCUCAGGCAGAGCUAAUCGUGAUGACUGAAGAGAACCAGAAAAGGACAGAGAAACAGACCAAAGUUUAUAUCACAGAGCUGGAGCAGGAGGUCUUUGAGCUGACGAGGAGAUGUGCUGAGAUGGAGGAACUCUCACGCUAUAAAGACCGUCUUCGUUUCCUCCAGAGCUUCCCGUCCCUGAAUGCUGCUCCACCCACCAAAGACUGGACAGAUGUCAGCAUCUGUCCAGCAAUAUACGAGGGAAUCACAAGGACAGCUUUGGUGAAAGCUGUGGAUGAGCUGACAGAGACCAUCAAAAAUGAGGUGAAGAUGAUACGGGACGCUCAGUUCAGCAACAUUCGGCAGAAUGCGGUGGAUGUUACUUUGGAUCCUGAUACGGCACAUCCUGCUCUCAUCCUGUCCAAUGAUGGGAAGCAAGUUCAUUGUGGUGAUGAAUGGAAGGAACUGCCAGACAGCUCAAAAAGAUUUGAGCCUGCAAUUUCUGUUUUAGGGACACGCGGCUUCUCCUGUGGAAGACUUUACUAUGACGUCCAGGUUAAAGGAAAGACUGGGUGGACGUUAGGAGUGGCCAAAGGGUCAGUCAAUAGGAAGGGAGAAAUUAAACUAAACCCAGAGAACGGCUACUGGACUAUAUGUCUGAGGGACAGAAAUGAGUACUUUGCACUUGCUGCCCAUCCUGUCCCUCUCUCUGUGAAUGAUCACCCAGAGAAGGUGAGAGUUUUUGUGGAUUAUGAGGAGGGUUUGGUUUCCUUUUAUGAUGUAAAUGCUGCAGUUCUUCUUCACUCAUAUACUGGCCAAACCUUCACAGAGAAACUUUAUCCAUUUUUCAGUCCAGGUAGUAGUGACAGUGGCACAAACACUGCCCCCCUAAUCAUCACUCCUGUCAAACAGCAAAGAUUGGACUAA